GUCACACGUCAAACAUAAAAGCCAGUGGUCUCGUGGCCUCAGCCAGAAUAACUGUACUUCCCCGCGCGCGAUGUCGCGUCUUACCACGCUAUCCGUCCUACUGUGCGUCCUACACGCUUCCACGCAAAGAUCGACCCCGGCAGACGACCACUACGUAGCCGCGGUGGUGGAGUAUCAAGUCUCAAAUGAUGUGUCAGCGAACCUUCAGAACUAUGCGAAUCUCAUAAAAGACGCUAGUGGCCAGAAUGCAGAUAUCAUCGUGUUCCCUGAACUAACUCUAUCUAGAGGGCGAAGCGUCGUUGUUCCCAUACAUGGGAUACUGAAGGAUUAUCCAGUACCCGCACUUCGACCAGAUUUGUAUGAUGAGGUGUUGGUAACCAUAUCCUCAGCAGCCAGACAGAACGCAAUAUACGUGGUGAUAAACAUAGAAGAGCUGGUCGACUGCACUCACGACAACAGCGAGUACUGCCCCGAGCCUGAGAGAUAUUUGUUCAACACCAACGUAGUGUUCGACAGGACAGGAGCUGUUAUUGACAGGUACCGCAAGAUCAACCUGUUCGGGGAGUACACUCGCAUGCCAGCCCUGCAGCCCGACCUGGGUGUAUUCAGCACGGACUUCGGCGUGAAGUUUGGCCACUUCGUCUGCUUCGACCUCAUGUUCCAGGUGCCAGCGGUACAGUUGGUGGACAAGUAUAACCUGACCGACAUCAUCUUCCCUACCAUGUGGUUCUCGGAAAUGCCUUAUCUUACUGCUGUGCAAAUACAAGAGGCGUACGCCUAUUCUAUGAACGUCAACUUCCUAGGAGCUGGGGCUAACAACGUCCGUGUUGGAAGUGCAGGUUCAGGGAUAUACUCGGGCAAAGCUGGGGCACUAGUCAGCACUAUGCCAGGCGUCCCAACAACGCGGUUAUUGGUCGCUAAAGUCCCGAAAGUACCAGGAAAGGUGAGCGGUACAUACCCGGGCCCGAUCUACGAUGACCCCAGCACUCAGGACGACCUCGUCCUCAUUUCAGACCCCUCGCUGCCGUCUCACAUCACCAGGACGUUGACACCAGGCUUCCAAGAAAUAACCCUGACAGAUAAAGAUGUCACUUGCCACUUUAAAGUUCGCCUGAAUAAAAGGAACACUGACACGGGCUAUCAUUAUAGAGCAUUUGUACAAGACGGUACUACGACGUAUUCCCGACGACCUCUGGGUGUCGCCGCGUGCUUGGUCGUUGCCUGCAAAACUGACGACAAAAAAAGUUGCCCAUACAGGUUUAAACACAAUGAGGAAAAUUAUGAAAUCGAUGAGCUGGAAAUAUCAAUGACGACGUACAGGGACCAUUAUAACACCAGUCUUCAUUGCAGCGACAUCGAAUAUUAUCCUGUAUCACUGAGAAACAAUAAGUUUCCACUGAGCCCAAAGAACUUUACAUUUACUGGAACGGAGAAGAUGAAUUCGAUUAGUGAAGUGAAGGGCGGGUUUACAAAUCUUUCCUUUAAAAUGAGUAAACCGCAAAACGACAUCGUUGCAUUCGGAGUUUGGGGACGAUUGUACAACAGAGACGGAGGACCCGGGGAAAAGAGAGAGGACGAUGUUGCUAAUUAUAUUGAACUGGAAGAAGUUAUAUACGAAGGAAAAAUCAAAACUUAAUUUGCUGAUAAAACAAAAAUUGGCAGGCAACUCGUCUAACUAGGACAAGAUUUUGUUAGAUGAUUAGCCUGAAAUUUAAAUUGGCAAUUUAAAACUUUAAUAAGAAGUAGUAAGACUUAAAUUACAAAUAGUAAGACUUCUAAUUAAGAUUAAUUUAAAUUCAACAUUUUAGAUUAAAAUUACUGUUUUUAUUUGAUGCUGAUUUAAUGUAAAAAGCUGUGAUGUAGAUAUUUAUGCAUAGAGUUUUGUAUUUGCAUACAAAAAUUUAAUUAAGUAAUUAAGCAUCGUAAAAUAAGACUG